AUGCGGCAAAGCGUUUUUGAUGAAAACAUGGAAGAAGAAAUCGACAUAUUCGACUUGGAGGUUUGCCUGUGUUUUUGUUGAGCUCUCUUUCAAUUCACCAAAAGCAAAAAACUAUUUUAUUGCUAAAUCGUUCUUAGAUUUAGUUUAAAUGAUUAUACUUCACACUACACCACUUUGCUCCAGGUUGAAAAGACUUCUUUGUAUAACAAGCGCAUUCAGAAUUUCUUAAUGCUAGUUUACAAUUUUUUAAUGACCAUCCAGGAGGAAUAUGUUUACUGUUCGCCAUACAUCCUAUAACUUGAAUUUGCGCGGUACCCAUUUAUUGACUCUAAGGAAGACUAGAACGACAACCUAUGGACUACACUCUUUUUCGUAUUUUUCCGCCCAGCAAUGGAAUGCUCUUCCCGACGAAUUAAGGAAAUGUACUUUUAAAGAUUUUAAGCGACGUCUGCAAAGUCUUAAUGCGUUCGAUCAGUCUUCACUAAUUUUUGUCUUCUUUUGUGUGUAUUUUUUUCUUCAGUUUUUAGAGAUCUCGCUUUGUUUCUCGAAGAUAUUAGCUAUUAUAGUUUAGCUACUCUAAAAUUCUUGUUAAAGUAAAGGUUAUGCAUGUAAGUAUGUAUUCUUCUUUUCGUGUUUGUUUUUACAGUGCAAAGAAUGGGGUUUUUGCCUAAGAGAGCUGUUUGGUUUGGGCCUCGGCACCGGUGACUACGGCCAUUUAACUGUUGAACAUGCAUCCAUGCUUCUCCGGAAUUUUAGAUCAUUGCGCCAUUACAGCAACCAAGGUUUUGAGGCUGCUCAUAAGCUGCAAAAACAGAUAUUCAGCAGGGCAACAAACCAUGACGGAAGCGGCGAAGCGACUUCUCGUACGUUAUCAUGUGUAACAUUAAGUUUUGAUAGAUCUUAACUUAUUGAAAUUCUUUUCAUUUAGUUGCCAGUAAUUGUGUCGAAGCAUAAUUAACCACUUUUAAUUUGCGAAUCCCUCCCAUUAUCUUAAUUCUAGUUUUGAUGGACGAUCACUUGACGUAGCCAGCCCAUAAACCUUUAGGCCCGUGCCUACCCAUUUUUUUUUUUUUUUUUUUGAUCAAUCUUCCGCUUGUAAUAAAUUAUUCUUUGUUGGGGUAAGCUAAAAAGCUUAGGAGCCCAAAAGGUUGGUGGGGUCCGUGCGUAAGAUAGGAAGACCCACAGUUGGAAAUCCCUAUAAAACCAGCUGUCGUCAUUCGUUGUAAUAAGAGGAAAAAUAAGGGGUGGUUGUAGUUUAUUUUUUUUAAUUUUUUUUUAUUUAUUUUUUGUUAUUUUUUUUUAAAUUUAUUUAAUUUUUUUUUUUUUGGUAUUCUCUCCUUUUUUUUUAAUUUUAUUUUUGUUGGUUGUUCUCUUUCCUUCUCCAGCCUUUUUUUUUUUUGGGCCGGGCCUACCCUUUUUUUUUUUUUUUUUUUUUGAUCAGUCUACCGCUUGUAAUAAAUUAUACUUUGUUGGGGUAAGCUAAAAAGCUUAGGAGCUCAAAGUGUUGGUGAGGUCAGUGCGUACUAGUCCUGCGAGCUGGCUACGCACUUGGAACCUAAAACAAUCCUCAAAGGAUGUCCGCGCAAUAAUCGACUGUUUUACUGAAGAGGGUCGGUUGAGUUUUCCAUUAUUUUCAUUUUUUCAGUGGACCAGAUUUUAACCCAUCAGUAUGCAGAAAAGCUCCUGUUUUUAAGACUUUGUUUUAGAGAAGCCAAAGAAUGUGCAAGAAAAGGUAAGGCAGUUCAGUUAAGAAGCGCCAUGAACAUUCUGUAUAUGUCAAUUUCAUUUUUGGAUGAUGAUUCCAUAUCACUGAAUAUCUCAGUGUUUUUGCAGCUUUUGGAUGAUAAUUCCAUAUCGCUAGUGUAGUGUAUGCGAAUUAUAACGGUAAACAACAGGAGAGCAGGGAGAAGAUAAAUAGUCCGUUUUAUAAACUCGAACACUGGCUACUCAUUUGUUUAAAUAGCGGAUUACAACCAAAAAUGAUUUUUUAAUUACACAAGAAAUGCCUGAAUGCCUUUACAGUUUUAACUAGAACCAUAUGAGUGCAACUUUUAUUUCAACCAUCCCUAUUUGUUUUGUUGUUUAGGAAAGAAAUUUUACUUCAGAGGAUGCGGCUGGCCCAGCAUUAGCACUAAAGGAUGGAGUGUAGCACACAAGCGUUGGAUAGAGAUCAUGGACGAUGUCUUUUCUACGUUUAUGUGUAAAGACUUCCUUUCUUAUGAGUACAAUGAAAAAAAAUGCUGUGUCGUGUCAAAAUCUGAUCAACCAAAGUUUGAAUACGACGAUACUACUUGGGAGAAUAUUAUCAAGCAGAAGAUGGCAGAGUAUAAAUGGCUGGAAAGCGAAACUCGGCGUGCACGGAAGGCAAAAAAGGUGCGAGUGCCCCAGAAAACUCGCAGAAUCCUUUUUAAGGCCCGUAAAGGUAAAACGAACCGUUCCAAGUUAUCCCCGGCUUUGUUGCCCUCUUCAAGUACCUCUCAGACGCAAAGAUCUCCCAAAACGUCCAACGUCAGAGAAAGUAAAGGCAAAUCGCGCUGUUCAUCCGUUACUCCCAAACAUGAGAAGUCUUCGCCAUCGGCAACUCAUACUACAAAGGCGCGCUUUCCCAAACUUCGACGAUGUCUGUUUAAGGUGUCUAGCAGGAAACGUAAGCCAGCAUCACCCUUGAAAACCUCGCCUAUCAAACGUAAACCGGCUGCCAAAACACAAACAUCGUGCUCGAAUCAUGUUCUUUCUUCAGAAGACCCAGCCAAUUCAAUUCUGUCGUUCACAAACUCGAUAUCUGCAGACUCAAACAGUCUGCUAAAAGAAGAUCACAAGACCCCUCUGCUUAAUUUGACAAAUAGGAGGCAAAACACCAAGCGAAAACGCAACAUCAAGAAGUGUGACGGGAGCAAGUUUCGUAAAAUGCUUAAAGACGUGUCUGUGAACGCAGACGAACACUCUGAGAACGAGAGCUGCUUUUACUCAGUUUCGAACAACAAUUCACCGAAUUUGAUUUGUCGAGGAACUUUUCAUCAAGGUUGUCAUGAUUCAUUUCAUUAUCCAGGGCAGCAGUGUUCUGCUAUUGCAUUAGCGGCCAUCUUCUACAGUACAAUAACUUCUGUGGACACCUGGAAAUCGACUAAUGUUGACGAGAUUUUGCUUUUAGGAGACAAGAUCCACUUUUACCAGUUGUGCCAUUUAAAGAAGGAUCCAAAUGGUGAUCAAAAAUUGACACUUGACGAAGUUCCAAAUGGCCUCACGAUGCUAAAUUAUACUUUUAGUAACGAGGGCAGAGAAAUCGUGGCAGGGUCCUUAAAGAAAGAAGAUGACCCUGAUAAUGAUUUUCCUACAUUGGAGGAAGCCCUCAGAAAGUGCCAAGGUGCAACCGGUAUGGUGCUGCGAGUCUUGGACUACUGCGUUGGUUGCAUCAAGGAGUCUUCAUCUUGGUGUCUAGUAGAUUCGCAUGCAAGAAAUUCGGAGGGCUUCAUUGAUGAAAACGGAACUGGUGUGGUCUUAAAGUUUAAGUCUUCGAGUGAACUUGCAAAUUAUGUAAGACGUUUUGUGGAACAGCAGACAACUUUGCCACGCGAUGCCGAUUUAUCAUUUGAGGCACUCAUCGUAAAAGUCAGAAAAGUUCAAAACGAAGACAGCAAUGGUUCUAUUGUUCCAACCAUGAAGUUGUUUUCGUGGGCAUCAUCUCACGGACAAUGUGAAAUUUUCAGUACAUCCCUGUGCCGCCUUGAGGAAGGAAAGAAGCUAGACGACAACACCGUGGACUUCUAUAUUUUGCACUCGAUUAAGUCUUUAGUAGAAGAGGAUAAAAGGGACGAUUUACAUGUUUUUAAUUCGUGUUUUUACGCGUAA